AUAAAACACAGAAUCUGAAUCUAACAAUCAGAUGGCAUCAUAAUCAUAUGCAGAUGCUGAAUUCCCAGUAAAGCACAGAAACGGAAUCUAUCAAAGCCAGAUUGCCUCAUAAUAAUCCUAUACAAAUGCUGAAUUUUGUUUCAUGUACUGUGUUUAGGUAGUUUGGAGAUACACAUUCCGAUGUGUCUGCAACAAUAGAACGUAAAAGAGUUUGGUUCGGCUGUGGUCGAUAGAUCACUCAAAUCGAUUCAUUUGCUCGGCGGAAAUUAGAAAUCCGGGUGAGGAAUGUCGUUCUCAUUCUUCAAGCCGUUGAGGCCUAAAACCCCGGCUGAGCUCACGAAGGCCGUCAAAGAGAGUCUCAUGGCGCUCGACUCCAAGACCGUCGCCGAAGUUAAAGCGCGCGAAAAGGCAUUGGAAGAAGCUGAGAAAAAUAUACUGUCAAUGAAAAUCAUGCUUUUAGGAGAUGGAGAGGCUGAGGCAAACUCAGAUCAAGUUUUGCAGUUGACAAUUGAAGUCUGUAACGAGGAUGUCAUUGCUCUAUUCUUUCACCAAUUACCGGUACUGGGAUGGGAAGCAAGAAAGAAUUUAGUUCAAUGUUGGUCUGUAAUGAUGAGACAAAAAGUUGAGGAUUCCACAUUCUGUUGUGUGAGAUACAUGGAAAACCACUUGGAGUUGCUAGACUUUCUCGUUGUUUGCUAUGAUAAUAAGGAAAUAGCUUUGCAUUGUGGAAAUAUGCUUCGGGAUUGCAUCAAAGUGCACAGCCUUGCUAAGUACAUCUUGGAGUCUCCUUGCUUUGAAUUGUUCUUCAAGUUUGUAGAGCUGGCUAACUUUGAUGUUGCAUCUGAUGCAUUUUCUACCUUUAAGGAUUUACUUACAAAACACUCAUCUGCAGUGUCGGAGUUCCUGACUGCUCACUAUGAUGAGUUCUUUGAGCAGUAUGAAAAACUCCUAAUGUCAUCCAACUACGUCACAAGGAGGCAGUCUCUGAAGCUUUUGUCAGAAUUUCUAUUAGAACCUCCCAACUCCCAUAUAAUGAAGCGCUAUAUCGCUGAAGUUAAACAUUUGAAAGUCAUGAUGACAUUGCUCAAGGAUUCAAGCAAAAAUAUCCAGAUAUCUGCUUUCCACAUUUUCAAGGUCUUUGUGGCGAACCCCAACAAGCCUAAAGACAUAAAAGUGAUUCUGGCAAAAAACCACGAAAGAUUAUUGGAGUUACUUUACAGUCUAUCUACCGGGAAAGGUGGCGAAGAAGAUGACCAAUUUGAAGAAGAAAAGGAGUUGAUCAUUAAAGAAAUAGAAAAACUAGCUCAGUUGCCCAAUCUGGGAUCCUAGUUCCUUUGGCAUUCAAAUGACUUUCUAUCUUCUGCUUUGGAGUUGAAGCCAAACAAGUAUAAGUUAUAUUUUAGAUGAAGAGCAGAGUUUUCAUCUGCUUUGUGUGGAGUUGCAUGUUGUAAGCUUGAUGGACAAAAUGGAAUAAAAUUUAUAAGUUAAAAUGGACAAAAUUAGUUUUUUUUUGUUUGACAGAACUCCCAAUUAAUCGUAAGGAACGUGCCUUGUACAUAAGUUGACAUAUAAUCUCUAAAUUCUUUCUUUCAGUAUCUGGUUCUUGAUCGUGCCCUAUACUGAAAUAAAAAUCUU